AAAAUAGUGAAGCUGUAGUAGUGUCACCACAGACAAAGAUAGGCUAUUUCAGCUCCCCCGCCUUAUUCUGUUUCACAGUAUGCAGAACUCCAUUGUCGGCUUCAUUACAUCAAUAAAUAUGUACCUAUUUAUCUGAUGUAACCCCUAUAUCUUUGAUUGCUGUUCAUCCACUCGUCGUUCUUCCGACUACUUCAACCAAAAAAAAUAAAUAAACAUAAACUUAGCUAACCAGUACAUAUCUACCUACCCUACCCAAUACAAUUAUAGCAUCAAAAUGGCACCUCACGAAGGUUUGGUACAUAUGAAAGAGUACGAUUGGAGGGAUAGUAACGUUGAGAAUAUCGGAUCGGAGCUUGACCAUAAAGUCAAAUACAACUCGGCUGCCAGUGAGCCGGCAUGGCAAGAAGUCGGACAAGCCCCCGGCCUUUACGUUUGGCGAAUUGAGGAUUUCCAGGUAGUCCCAUGGCCAAAGGAACGGCACGGCGACUUUCACGAAGGAGAUAGCUACAUUGUCCUGCACUCGUUCAAGGUGGGAAGUAAAGAUGGAGAGGAAAAGCUGGCCCACGAUAUCUUCUUCUGGCUCGGAAGCAAGACAACGCAAGACGAGGCGGGCACCGCCGCUUACAAGACGGUCGAACUCGACGAGUUCUUACACGGCGUCGCCAUACAGCAUCGCGAGCUACAAAAAGAACCUUCCGAAGAUUUUAUGGCAUUAUUUUCUCGUGUCCGGAUUCUGUCCGGCGGUGUCCGCUCAGGUUUCACGCAUGUCGAGACUGAGGAGGAACCGAAAGAGACGGUUACCUUGCUCAGGAUCUUUAAGCACCCGACUGCUAAGCGGGCCGACUCGAUCCUGGUUUACGAAGUUGAACCUACCUGGCAGAGUCUUGACGAGAAUGACGUCUUUGUACUGGAGCGCAACGACAAGAUCUGGGUUUGGCAGGGUAAGAAUUGCAGCCCAACGGAGAAGGCCAAGGCUGCCCAGGUCGUUCACGAGAUGACCAUCGCAAAACACCUAGACGUCGAGGUAGUAUCGCAAACCGAGUCGAGAUCGCGAACUAUUGUUGCUAUGCUGGGAGGAGAGGAUACCGAAGGACCGUUCCGGACACCGCGACCCAUUGUCCCGUCCAACAGCCAAGAUGCUGGUCGUCGACCUCGCCGGUUGUUCCGUCUAUCGGAUGCCUCCGGUCAACUGAGGUUCGAUAUCGUGAAAGAAGGCGCUGCGAUCAAUAGUUCCGAUCUGGAUAGCAACGAUGUUUUCCUCUUGGAUACAGGGUCUACUGUUUGGGUCUGGCAGGGCUCAGGAGCAAGCAGAGCAGAGAAGGCCAUGUGGAUCAGAGUGGCGGAAUCGUACAUCCGACAACUUGGAGAGGAAUCCAACGGAGGCGACACAGCAUAUUUGACACCGAUUUCUAAAAUAGUUGAGGGCAACGAAAGCGCAGGAUUUUUCAGAGCUCUUGAAGCAUAGGGAAAGAAAAAAUACAAGGAACGGAUAGGCAUCGCCUCAUUGACCUAGGUAACUACUAUGCUUGAAUAUGCAAUUAAGAAGGAAAUGGGGGAAAAGGGGAUUAAUAAAUUUCAGCUUCGAUGAAGUACCUAAUACCUAAAGAAACAGGGGGAAGCUUCCAACUAGGCCACUAAACGCGUCGCUAAUAUGUUUACAUAACGGUCUUAGUGCCGGAAGCGCGGAAACUUGUAUAAAAAAGAAUAAUUGGGAUGCAGCA